UAUAUAUAUAAUAUUUUAGUUCAUUUUAGAGACGUUGUAUUCAAUUUCCUUGUGUUGUUGUCGGAUUGUGCGUUCUCCUUGAGCGCCCCGAACGGAAGAAUCUAAAAACACAUCCACCGGGGAUUAUAGCCUCUUCGCAUGAUGACGCCUCUCAGCUGAGACCGGGACCUUUACGUUAAAACCUAGGACCCAGGACCAGAGCCUACCGGUACGACUGUGAGCCCGGAGCCGAAACAUGAGGGCGUCUGGCAGGGUGAUCUUCUGGCUCCUCUCGGCGGUGUGUUCGCUCUCCAUGUCUCGGACGGCCACUCUGGGCAGUGUUAGAGAUCUGGACGCCAUGUUGGGGCCGCAACAGUUCAGGGGCGUGGCCAACUUCAGCACAUUCCUAUUGGACCGUUCGUCUGGCGUUCUCUUCCUGGGUGCGAGAGAUGCCAUACUGGCCGUGGACACCAACAACCUGACACAGCCACCACGCACGAUUGUGUGGGAUGUUCCUGAGGAGAAGAGGAAGUCCUGUGUGGCCAAGGGAAAGACAGAGGGCGACUGUAAUAACUACCUCCGUCUGUUGGAGUUUCUUGGAAACGGGAGGAUAUACGUCUGUGGAACCUAUGCUUUUGACCCACAGUGUGCCUUCCUGAACAUGUCUUCCUUCUCUUUGGAGAGGGGGGAGAAUGGAGGGGUGAGGAUGGAGACUGGGAAAGGGAAAUGCCCCUUUGAGCCCAGCCAGCACUAUACAGCUGUUAUGGCAGGAGGUGUCUUGUACACGGCCGCCACGAGUAACUUCCUGGGAACGUUGUUCGAUAUCUCCCGGGCAACCGGACAGGAGCAGGAACGUAUCCGCACCGAGAGAUCCAUCAACUGGCUCAGUGACCCAGAGUUUGUGUCGUCGGUGUUCAUACAACAGGACGAAGCCAACAACCCACAGGGUGAAGACAACAAGAUCUACUUCUUCUUUACUGAGGUCGCCAAGGAGUACGACCUCUACACUAAGGUCAAAGUUCCCAGGGUCGCACGUGUCUGCAAGUCUGAUGUAGGCGGUAUGAAGACAUUACAGAGGCGUUGGACCACCUUCCUCAAGGCUCAGUUGGUGUGUGAGGACAGAGCCAGCGGACAGCGUUACAACAUACUGACUGAUGUCUACACAAAACAACACACAUCUGGAGACCCUAGCUCUACACACUUCUAUGGUCUCUUCACAUCUCAGUGGGAGCAUGAGGAGUUGUCAGCGGUGUGUGUCUACAGUCUGGCUGACAUCAGUAAAGUGAUGGACGGACCCUUUAAGGAACUGAAGAAGACCUGUGAGAACUGGAUCAACCCAGAACCAGUACCAACACCUAGACCUGGACAGUGUCUGAACAAUGCUCUGAGAGCGGAGGGCUUCGAGUCUUCUCUCAAGCUGCCGGACAAGGUGUUGACGUUUAUGAGAGACCACCCUCUGAUGGAGAACAACGUGAUCGCAGCACCUCUACUGGUGAGGAGGGGCAUCACGUACACUAAAGUAGCUGUUACCAGGAUGACCACGGGGUCGGAGGAUGAUCAGAGAGCCACCGUGCUGCACCUGGGAACAGAUCGUGGGGAGCUCCAUAGAGUACUGGUGGUAGGACACAUCACUACACUACUACAGGAGAUACCUCUCUUCUCUGCACAGGAACCUGUCAACAACAUACUGCUACACAAGGGGCAGGCUCUAGUAGGUACCCCCCUAUCCCUGGCCCGUGUGGGGGCAGAGGGAUGCAGCCUUUACCCCAGCUGUGAGGUGUGUGCCCGGGCCAGACCCCUGGGGUGUGUCUGGCGGGCCAAAGAGGGAGCCUGUGGCCCCGGCAUGACAGAGCCCAUCCAGGGACAGGAGGUUGAAGAUGCUCUGAAGCUGUGUGACAGCGGAGAAGGUCGUUGUUCCCCUGUCCUGCGAGAGCUGCGUGUCUCUGUGGGUCUCCAUGUUCUGCUACCCUGUGUCCAGGUGUCAACACGCCCCUGUACCUGGGAACACCCGCCACACAGACACACCCGUCAACAUCACUCUGACCUGGAGGUCACUGUCACAGAGGAAAGCCUGGGGACAUACACCUGUCUAUGUCAGGAGGGGGGACCAGAGGGUAAGGAGGAGAGUUCUGCCUGUCGCAGAGUCUCCUACCAUCUCACCCUGGAGGGUCCCAGCGCUGGGGGGGCCAUGGCGAUGGCUGGAGGACGUCACCUACUGGCCAUCUACAUGCUCUGCUUCAUCCUGGGCAUCGCCCUCGGAGGAUUCCUUCUCUACUUCCUGUCCCGCCGACGCGGGAUUGGCCAGCGCCACCCAGACCACUCCCUUUCCUCGGAGAAAGGGCAGGACUUGCUCGGCUCCUCGGCGACACCGCAGUCACCUAGCAGCGGCAGUUUGCUGUCGGAGGGGUUCCCAUUAACGGAGAAGAGAGGAAAUGGAACACUGCUACUGACACACCACCACGGCAACGGUGGUCACCACGGCAACUACGGCGUCGCUGGCGACAACGGCGGCUGCGACGGUAACCACGGCCACGUCGGCGGCCACGGCAACGCCGGCUACGCCAACAACGCUAACUGUAACGUGCAGACGGCAGCGAGCGCUGUGAAUGGGCUGAAGCUUCACGUUCAGGAGAUGGUGACGGACGAGAGGAGGGGAGGAGAGAGAGAGAGGAGGAGGCCGGAUGGAGGACAGGGGGAUGAGGAGGACGAGGGGCUAGGGGAGGGGUUGGGGGGAAUUGAGGAGGAGUUAGCGGGGUUUGCGUUGUUUAAGUUACCAGCACCAUUAGCCCAGUGUGAGGAGAGUUCAAUCUGAUACACGGUGAUAGAGGCAUGACCAAGAUACACGAGUUGAGAAAAGAGACAUAUAGAAUGUGUCCCAAAGACCACCCUGGUUCAUGAGCACUGCACUAUAUAGAGAAUAGUGUGCCAUUUGAAAAGAGAGACAUUACUGAGCUCUUCUCUGUCUAUUGCUGAACAUAGACAAAACAGGGAUGAAAAGAGAGACAUUACUGAGCUCUUCUCUUGUCUAUUGCUGAACACAGAUGAAACAGGGAUGAAAAGAGAGACAUUACUGAGCUCUUCUCUUGUCUAUUGCUGAACACAGACGAAACAGGGAUGAAAAGAGAGACAUUACUGAGCUCUUCUCUGUCUAUUGCUGAACACAGACGAAACAGGGAUGAAAAGUGAGACAUUACUGAGCUCUUCUCUGUCUAUUGCUGAACACAGACGAAACAGGGAUAAAAAGAGAGAGAAAGGGUGGGAUACGGAGAUAAAUCACUUGUGAUGUUAUACACACACAAAAGCCAUACUCUCUCUCUCUCUCCCCAUCUCUCUCUCUCUCUCUCUCCCCAUCUCUCUCUCUCUCUCUCUCUCUCUCUCUCUCCCCAUCUCUCUCUCUCCCCAUCUCUCUCUCUCCCCAUCUCUCUCUCUCUCUCUCUCUCUCCCCCCAUCUCUCUAUCUUUCUCCCUCACUGUUUCUUUCUCCCUCUUCUUAUUCUCUCUCUCGCUUUCUCUCUCUCUAUUUCUCUCUCUAUUUCUCUCUCUCACUUUUUCUCUCUCUAUUUCUCUCUCUCUCCCUCACGACCUCUCUGUCUUUUUUCUCUCAACUACCAAUCCAAGUCACAAAGGGGCCCCAGAGCCACACCGUGCCAAGCCAGACUGCACCGAUACUGGGCAUGAUGUGGCGAGAGGCCGGCUUCUUACACCAAACCUCCAGCAGAACAGACUGCUAUUAAUGAAGGCUGACGUUACGUUCCAAUAAUCUCUCCUUUCUCCAGAAGUGUGCACACUUUUAGGAAAAAGGUAGAAAAUCAGGACACAGCCCUGAAACUAUGGAUCUGUCUCAGACCUCUCAGAUGGACUGUAAGUGGCUGAGCUCAGAGGUUAAUUAGAGGUUAGAGGUCAACAGUUCAAAGGUCAUGAUUGAAAAAGAGAGUUCCUAAAUAUAAAGACAUGAACUGGAGAUCCAGACGGAACGUUAAGACAAGAAAAUAAGAAAAUUGGAAUUCCGGAAUUACAUUUUGGAAAAUUCUGGAAUUUUCAGACUGGGAACAUUCCUAUUUGGGAAAACUGAGAGGGAUUCUGUUAUGGAAUUUCAGCCUGAUUGAACACCCGCCAUUUUGUUUCUCUGAGUGAGGGCCUUUUUCCCAAAUACCUACUUUUGACCAGAGCCCUAUAGGUCACAAGUAGUGCACUAUGUAGGAGAUAGGGUGGCAUUAGAGACAAAGCCAGGGGUUUCAAUCAAAACGUCCUGUAUGUUUUUAAUAAUAAUAAUAAUAAUAAUAAAGCCUUUUAAUAUAAUGUAACUAGACAAUGUUGUUUUACAGUUACAGUAGAAGUUGGGGUCGACUCCAUAGAAACAGAAUGUUGUUUUUCACAGUACACAUUUAGAAUUCGUGGUGACUCGAGUCACCCUGGAGAUCCUCGAGUCACCCUGGGGAUCCUCGAGUCACCCUGGGGAUCCUCGAGUAACCCUGGAGAUCCUCAAGUCACCCUGGAGAUCCUUGAGUAACCCUGGAGAUCCUUGAGUAACCCUGGAGAUCCUCGAGUCACCCUGGAGAUCCUCGAUUAACCCUGGGGAUCCUCGAGUAACCUUGGAGAUCCUUGAGUAACCCUGGGGAUCCUUGAGUAACCCUGGAGAUCCUCGAGUAACCUUGGAGAUCCUUGAGUAACCCUGGGGAUCCUUGAGUAACCCUGGGGAUCCUCGAGUAACCUUGGAGAUCCUUGAGUAACCCUGGAGAUCCUUGAGUAACCCUGGGGAUCCUUGAGUAACCUUGGAGAUCCUCGAGUUACCCUGGGGAUCCUCGAGUAACCUUGGAGAUCCUUGAGUAACCUUGGAGAUCCUUGAGUAACCCUGGGGAUCCUUGAGUAACCCUGGAGAUCCUUGAGUAACCCUGGAGAUCCUCGAGUAACCAUGGAGAUCCUCGAGUAACCAUUUUUUGUCAAUGGUUCAUAUUUACACCUUUGGUUAGUUGAGGGGUUAUUGGAGGAAGCUUUAAUAAACAUGUGUUAAACUCAUUCCAUAGAGGAUCGAGUGUCUGAGGGUUUACGCUCCACCCUUGUACUUGAUUGAUGAAUUAAGGUAAUUAAUUAGUAAGGAUCUCCCUUCACCUGGUUGUCCAAGUCUUAAUACAUUUAAAAACAGCAUACACUCGGCCCUCCAUGGAAUGAGUUUGACACCCUGGCUUCAAUGGUUCAAUGUAGCAACGGGUUCCUGUAGGAACCGGGAGUGGAGGCGUGACUUAGUAGGGGCGUGGCUUUAAGAUCUAUAUUUUUUUGACCACCUGUGAGAGUAAAUGUCAUUCCUGUUCAUCCGUUCUGUUGUAUUGUCAUCACAUGUUACAGUUGAACACUGACAGUUUUGUAGCUUCAAUGAGGCUAACAGAGUUCAUCAACAGCUUUAUGCAAAUCAUCACUUUAUUACUGAAUGGAAUCAGCAAUGUUAGUAUUAGAAUAUGUAAUACACAUAAAUAUUCAAGGAACAUGUUAAUUUGCAGUGUACAAACUUUACAUGAUGAACAGGAAUGACAUUUACACUAACGGGUGACCACAAAUAACUAUCUGAAAGUCACGCCUCCAAUAAGCCACGCCUCCAAUCUGAGACUGCCACCUCUACAAUAUAUUAUUAAAAAGGUUCGAAAUGUAUUCUCUCCCGCCACAAAACGUUUGAACCUUUACAUAUGGAUUCCUCAAAGACUCUUUUCAGAGGGGUUCUUUCAGGAAUCUUUUUCAGCUUGAAAGGUUCUUCCAGGCACCUUUAAAUCUAAGAGUGUACAGUGGAGGUUGGGGAGGAGACCAUAGAAGCACAAUGACUAGAAAGGACAUUCCCCAAUCAAAUCAAUGGGUUUGAAAUGGGUGGACCGGCAGCCAUUUAACAAGUGGGAUUCUAUUUCUAUGGCAACACCGAUGAUGUCACAAUAGCAUAAAACACUGCCGUAGUUGAAUGAUCAUCGGGUUAGAAUAUGUAGAGCCAGGAGUUUCUCCCGACCACGUUAUCUGCCCAGGAUAAACUCUAGGCCCCCUUUUUACAGGCUCGGACCCAGUGUGCGUCCCAAUAAUACAUACUUUUCUCCUGAACACUCGUUCACUACUCUGCACAAAUGUAAAAACAUUGGAUUGGAGGCAUGGGCUAGUGUGAGUUUCCAUCAUAUUAGUUCUAAGAUAGGACCCAUAGAUUUUCCUGAGCAGAUCAUUUGAUUCAUAGCACCAACAAUGCUGCUUAUAAAGGUGGUUGUGAAGGUGGUUAAAGGCGAUUAACCGCUCAAUCGUAAAAUAUCCUUUAAAAUGCAGAUUGGGAUUUGGAUUGAAUCCCGGCCUAAGAAAAAACUCUGAGCCCCAAGUACGGCAUAUGUUGAACACAGGCCUGUGGCAGUCAGUUAUAGGCACAGCCAUUUGUCAGCUGAUUUUGAGUGACAAACACUGCCAUCCAAUGGAAUGACUGCAUUUUAAACUACAACCUACUUUUGAAGGUGAAAAGAUAAACCAGAAUCCUGAUUUUGAAUAAGAAUUCAUUUUUUUUAAUUCUUGAGAAUUAAAGCCUAAGUAAUAUAUCUUAUAAUAUAUCUUAUAAUGACAGGCACUAUAGCCACCAUUUUGAAUUAGAGGAGGGGAGUUAUACAAAAAGAAGAAAGAAAGAAAAGAAAGGUAAAUAGCUAACAGGUUAUCUCCAACACUAUCCUCUGAAAAGUCUCUGUGUGUCUGUGUUCCAAAUCACACCCCAUUCAUUUUCUAAUGCACUAUCUGUGUUCCAAAUCACACCCUAUUCCUUUUCUAAUGCACUAGUCUGUGUUCCAAAUCACACCCUAUUCCUUUUAUAAUGCACUAGUCUAUGUUCCAAAUCACACCCAAUUCCUUUCAUAAUGCACUACUUUUGACCAGGAUCCAUAGGGCAAACUUUGUGCACUAUAAACGGAAUAGGGUGUGAUUUGGAAUACACAGUAUGUAUGUAUAGAGAUGAGCAGUGACGCUAUGAUGCCAUGAGCUUGUGUGGCCACUGGGUGGCGACGUCAUCCAGUCUUUCAGUAUCUUCUUCUUAUAGUAGAAUCGGUACACAAUGUUACAUACGUGGCAAUGAUAGAACUCUACAUUUCUCUCUCUGUCUCUCUCUCUCUCUCCAGAAUAUUACCCUCUCUUUGACCCCUACUUUAAAUACGUAUGAUAAAGGUGUACAGUACAGAUAUGUUGGAUUCUAAGUAUGCUUCCCCAAUGUCACACUAUUCCCUUUAUAGUGCACUAUAUUUGCGCCCUGGUCAAAAGUAGUGAACUAUGUAGGGAAUAGGGUGCUAUUUGGGAUACAAGCCUAAGGAUUUAUCUUAAUAAUUUAUAUACUGUAUGAUGAUUUUUAAAAAAUGUGUACAUUUGUUUUGAAUACCAGGCUCUAACGUGGUAAACGAACAUCCGGGACAAUCAUAUUAGUAUGAUAUGUAACGUUUGGUAUGGUUGCAUAAGAAAGAAGGUUACUUAAGGCAAAAACCAAAGGAGGAUGGUUGGGUGUACAUGUAACAGUAUAGCUUCCGUCCCUACCUGGGCUCGAACCAGGGACCCUCUGCACACAUCAACAACUGCCUCCCACGAAGCAUCGCUACCCCAUCGCGCCACAAAAGCCACAGCCCUUGCAGAGCAAGGGGAACAACUACUUCAAGGUCUCAGAGCAAGUGACGUCACCGAUCGAAACGCUAUUAGCGCGCACCACCGCUAACUAGCUAGCCAUUUCACAUCAGGUUACAUACAUAUAAUGCAAACAUCUAGCAACCCUAAAGGUGUGUGUUCUAAUCUCAUCACAGACAACUUUAGCAUUUUAGUUAAUUAGCUACUUUGCAACUACUUAGCAUGUUAACCUAACCCUUUAACCUAACUUCUAACGUUAACCAUAACCCCUAGCCUAGCACCGACAGUAGGUGACGUUAGUGUUAGCCACCUAGCUAACGUUAGCCACAACCAAUUGGAAAUCAUAACAUAUACAUAUUGAACAUUAGUAACAUAUUGUACGAAUUGCAAUUCGUAAACAUGUACAAAAUGGGUGAAGGAAUUCCACAAAUAAAUAUAUACAGUACCAUACCAAUACCAUACCAAAUAUAACAUAUCGUACUAAUUUGAGGGUCCCAGAUUUUUGUUUACAAUGUUUCUUCUAUCCCAGGUUGUGAAUACUAGAGAUUAUUCGUGUGUGUGUGUGCGUGUGUGUGUGUGCGUGUGUGUGCAUGCAUGUGUGUGUGUUUGUUUGCAUUGUGAUGCUUUCUGUAAAUUAAAGGCUACUUACAGUACCUCC